UGGUAGAACAGUGCAGGGAGAAGGCAGACCUGUACAUCUAAAAACAGAAACGGACAGCAUAGGACCAGGCUCUGGAAUGAAUAAAAUAUUAUCAGUGAUAUUACUUCUACAAGCGGUAGCCUUUCUCUGCGAAGCAGCAGGUGACCCAUGCUGUGCACAGCCAUGCCAAAACAGAGGCGUCUGUACGUCUAAAGGCGAGUUCUCUUAUGAGUGCGACUGCACCAGGACAGGAUACUACGGAGAGAACUGCACCACUCCCGAAUUCUUCACGUGGCUCAAAACUACAUUAAAACCGAAUCCAAAUACCGUUCAUUACCUGCUGACACAUUUUGAAGGAAUAUGGAACAUCAUAAACAAUAUUUCCUUUUUAAGGAACGCUAUCAUGCGUUAUGUGUUGACAUCUCGGUCACAUUACAUUGAUAGCCCACCAACCUACAAUGCGGAUUACAGCUAUAAGAGUUGGGAGGCGUACUCAAACCUGUCAUAUUACACAAGGACUCUUCCUCCAGUAUCCAAGAAUUGCCCAACACCUAUGGGAGUUGCAGGGCGGACGACCCUUCCUGAUGCUAAGAUGAUUGUGGAGAAACUGCUGUUGAGGAAGCGCUUCAUUCCUGAUCCUCAAGGAAGCAAUAUGAUGUUUGCCUUCUUUGCUCAACACUUCACCCAUCAGUUUUUCAAAUCCGACAUGAAGAAGGGACCGGCCUUCACCAAAGCCCUGGGUCAUGGCGUUGACCUGUCUCACAUCUAUGGAGAAACUCUGGAGAGACAGCGCAAACUGAGACUCUUCAAAGAUGGAAAACUCAAGUACCAGGUGUUGGAUGGCGAGGUUUACCCCCCUACGGUGAAGCAAGUGCAGGUGGAGAUGCACUACCCACCCCAUGUCCCUGAGGAGCACAAGCUUGCCGUGGGGCACGAGGCCUUCGGCCUGGUCCCGGGCCUCAUGAUGUACGCCACCAUCUGGCUGCGCGAGCACAACCGCGUCUGCGACAUCUUGAAGAGCGAGCACCCCGACUGGGAUGACGAGCGCCUCUUUCAGACCACCCGCCUCAUCCUCAUUGGCGAGACCAUUAAAAUCGUGAUUGAGGACUACGUGCAGCACCUGAGUGGCUAUCAUUUCAAGCUGAAGUUCGACCCGGAGCUGCUGUUCAAUGAGCGUUUCCAGUACCAGAACCGCAUUGCCUCCGAGUUCAAUGCCCUCUACCACUGGCACCCGUUAAUGCCCGACUCGUUCCACAUCCAGGGCCAGGAGUAUGGCUACCCGCAGUUCAUGUUCAACAACUCGCUGGUCAUGGAGCACGGCAUUGGCAACCUGGUGGAGUCUUUUACCAAGCAGAUCGCCGGCAGGGUUGCCGGUGGUCAGAACCUUCCGGCAGCUGUGGUGAAGGUGGCGGCCAACUCCAUUGAACACACGCGGCAGAUGCGCUUCCAGUCCCUGAACGCCUACAGGAGACGCUUCUCAAUGAGGCCUUACAGCUCCUUCCAGGACUUGACUGGCGAGACUGAAAUGGCUGCUGUGUUGGAGGAGAUGUACGGAGACAUUGACGCAGUGGAGCUGUACCCCGGGCUCUUGGUGGAGAAGCCCAGGCCCAAUGCUGUCUUUGGAGAGACCAUGGUGGAAAUGGGAGCCCCUUACUCCCUGAAAGGGCUGAUGGGUAACCCCAUCUGUUCCCCGGAGUACUGGAUGCCAAGCACCUUUGGCGGGAAGGUUGGAUUCGAGAUCGUCAACACUGCCUCCCUGCGCAAUUUGGUGUGCCACAAUGUCAAAGGCCCCUGCCCAAUGGCGUCCUUUUAUGUGCCUGACUUAAAAGGCAUGGAGCAAGCCACCAUCAACAUGAGUACAGCGGACACAACCAACAUGAACCCCACUGUAUUAUUGAAACAAAGGACUUCUGAGCUUUGAAAACUAACUGUAUAAAAAAUACCUCUCUUAAAGAAAUUACAAUUAUUUAUUCUAUUUAUUUUGUAUUUAUUUAUUUCUUAUUCUGUUUUCUAUUUAUUUGUUGUUUUUAAAAAUAUAUUUUAUAUUGAGAAUUGUUAUUUAAAUGGUUUUAAAACUGUAAUUUAAGGAACAAUUUCAGGAAUUUUUAUAAUUGUACAGGUGGUUACAAAUUUUCAACAGACCUCAAAGCUAAGCUUAAAAAUGCCAGUUCUGUUUUUGUUUUGUUCACAUGCUGUUGUUGAAAUUGUUGAAAGUGUUAACAACUCAUACUUUAGAUAUUUUGUAUAAUAGUUUAAAAAUAUAAAAAUGUUCUUUCUGCAAAUCUGGAGCUUACCAGCAAUAAUGAAUAUUGUUUUGUGAGUAUUAUUUGGCCAGUAUUUUGUGACUUGAACUUUUCAGAUUAAGAAUUUGCUGUAACAAAACAUUAAAUGCUGUCUCUUUUGCCUGUUGAAA